GUUCCGCACUUUGCUUUGUUACCCAGAGAGAAAAAGGAAUAGUUAUUGUGAAGAAACCGUUCGGCGAUAGUGUUACACAUUAAAUAAAGCAAUAGGUUCAUAGAUAAAGCAUCCGGCUUCUAGAAAAAUGUCGGUAAGAACCAUCAACGAUGAGGGCCACUUCCAGGCGGAACUAUCGGCUGCCGGUGCGAAGUUGGUUGUAGUAGAUUUCACUGCCACCUGGUGUGGACCUUGCCGGAACAUUGCUCCCCUGUACGAGCAAUUGCCGGCCAAGUACCCUAAGGCAGUGUUCCUGAAGGUGGACGUGGACAAAUGCUCCGAAACUGCGUCCUCCCAGGGUGUAUCUUCUAUGCCUACCUUCAUCUUCUACCGUGCCCGAACAAAGAUUGACCGAUUACAGGGCGCCGACAUUAAUGGGCUGGAGGCCAAGAUACAGAAACAUUACGUUUCCAGCGUAGACGAAUCUGGUGAAGAUUAUGGCCAGGGAAUGCUUGACCUGACCACGUUUAUCCAGAAGAACCAGUGCGAGUGUUUGAACGAAGCCGACGAUCAUCCGUUGACGAACGCUCUUAGCUCCAGCGGAGGACACCUGGCGUCGGACUGCGACGAGCAGCUCAUUAUUUCGGUUACUUUUAAUCAAAUCAUCAAACUACACGCUUUGAAAAUUAAAGCGCCACCGACGCACGGGCCAAAGAACAUCAGGCUUUUCAUCAACCAGCCACGAACGAUCGACUUCGAUAUGGCUGACUCGCACGUUUCGAUCCAGGAUCUGGAGGUGGACCCGAAGGAUCUGGAAACGGGAAACCCAAUCAAGCUGAAAUUCGUGAAAUUCCAGAAUGUUCAGAACAUUCAGCUGUUUGUUAAAGAUAACCAAUCUGGCGGAGAGACGACAAUCAUUGAUCAUCUUGCCUUCAUCGGACAACCGAUCCAGACUACCAAAAUGGACGACUUUCAGCGUGUUGCUGGUAAGAAGGGCGAAAGCCACUAGGAUGUUUGCCAGUCGUAUGGAAGAAUCUUCGCCGGACACCAACUGAAGAGGACUGAACUGUUUGCAAUGUUUUUCUUCGUUCAAUUUGAUUUAAUAAAAAUAAUCUCG